CUCAGCCCUGGUGGGGAGAAGAAUGACACGAGGUUGAGAUGCAUCUUGCUAUCCCGGAAGACCCGUGUCCCAAGCCGUGCCGGGCCUUCCAGCCCUCAAAAUCACCGGCUCCUCGCCCGCAAUUUCACUACCGUCCACAGAGCCCACUGUGGCGGCAGCCACCUUCUGGUCAUAACAACGUGCCAAUAGCCUUGCCCCUGAGCUUCAACUUGCUUCUUCCUACGGAGUACAUCCUCACUCAGUCAAAAGGGAAGGUCUGUCGCAGCAAGAGGAGCUACAGCGGCUGCAGCUACAUCAGUGGAGGCCCCGUAUCCCCGUCGCCGCCGAACAGCUUUUCCUUGAGUUUAAGCACGCUACAAAUAGCGAAACCGCCAAUAUCCGGUGGGCAACAGUAACAAACAUUAGCCGAAACUCUUAACUCCGGCGUGAUUGGGUUCAGACCCUGCAGCUGCCUCGGCGCACGGCGGCGUAGGAGAAAGGACGUGACGAGACAUCUCGUCAUGCGGGCUCCGUACGUCAACCCCGCCAAGACUCGUCGUCGGCACCAUAAUAAAUUUCCCCUAACAGAGCUUGCGUUCUUCAUUGUUUAUACCAUAGGUGGAAACCAGAAGCCUCUAUCCAUUACUAAUAGCAGCGACGGAGAUGAGACUGCCCAAAUGGCAGAUUCCAGUCAACUCGAAACGUCAAGGCUCCUGGAUAGCGAUGCGUCAGAGCAGCUCGAGCGGCAUACAACAAGCAGCGGCUUCAUUCGCGACGCUAUCAUCGGUCUUGCAGAUGGCCUAACAGUACCCUUCGCGGUGACGGCUGGCUUAUCUUCAAUUGGGUCAACAAAGCUUGUCAUUCUUGGAGGCUUGGCAGAAUUAUUUGCCGGGUCAAUAAGUAUGGGUUCAGGCGCUUAUCUCGCCACGAUUACGGAUGCCCAGCACUUCCAAGUCGAGGAAGCUCGGGAGCAGCGUCAGGUCACAGGGACCCCGCACCUCGAAUGCGAAAUGCUGGCGGAGUUGUUUAUGAAGUAUGGCCUCAGCAGAGAAGAGAUAUUGCCCAUCCUCCAGACCUUUAGGCUGAAUCCAGAAUCGUGGGUCAAAUUCAUGAUGGACUUUGAACUCAAGCUAGAGCGUCCCAGCUCGUCUCGACCGUGGAUAUCUGCGUUUACAAUGGGACUAGCAUAUUUUAUAGGCGGACUGAUCCCCAUGAUUCCCUAUUUUGUUGUCGAGCAUAUCAGUGUUGCAUUAGUCAUUUCAAUUGGAACGACAGCUGUUAUGCUAUUCAUAUUCGGAUAUAUCAAAUCUUUGGUUACUGGAGUCGGUCAUUAUUCCGCCCUCUACGGGUCACUCGAGACGCUUUUUGUUGGAGCCGUUGCCGCCGGUGCUAGUUAUGGUAUCGUAAGGGCUGUAAACGAUUGGUUUGAAAUAAAGGAAGACAGGGACGGAGUAUGAGGGGACUGAACAGAUUCAUUGACGUACGUUUCGUCGUAGAAACUUAAUUCGUUUGAUUUAGUCCACAAUUAGCACGCUACAGGUGAUGGAACAAGAAUUCAAUGGCUGCAUUGGCAAUAGCAUGAGACCCUUUUGCCAACGAGUCGUUAUUUUUUACCGCACUGGGAUAUACGACAGAUCCAGGCCCGGAUCAUCACACCUAGGUUGCCUAAUCUGGCAGCCAUAACCUGAUCCGGCCGCCGGAUCCGGA